CCCAUGCCCGUUCUGACACUUGUCAAUCAAUCGGAACCGUCAUUUGGAUGACGUACAGUGACGUCACGGUUAGAGCCGGGGGGAAGGUGGACGGACAGAAUGGCGGCGACCCAGUGCCGGAGCUCCAAAUGCACGGCCGAAAGAAAAGGAUUCCGGCGGGAACUCGACUCAUGGCGACACAAGCUCAUUCAGUGUGUCGGAUUUGAAAGUAUACUGGAGGGAAUAUAUGGACCAAGACUGCUGCAAGACCUCAAUAUAUUUGAUGAGUGUGAACCAGAGGAUUUGGAUGAUUGGUCCAUUGAUGCAAACUGCUCCUUUUGCAAUCUGCAGUUAGAGAAACUGAAUGAGCAUCCUGCUGUGCCCGGGUCGCCACCCCCUGCUGAAACCCCCCCACCUCAGGGCCUGUCCACCUCUGAUAAAGUCCAGUGCCAAGCAGACCGAUUCCUCUAUGCUAUAUUUCGCAAAAAGGAAUUUCCUCAGAGCUGCGAUUCAAGUAUACCACUGGUUGCACAGGAGUUGAUGCGCAGAAUGAUUCGGCGAUUUGCCUUAGAGUAUGCAUGUAAAAGUCAGACUCAUGGAGACCUGAAUGGCCUGAGUGACAAUUCUGAACGUCUCCUUAGCCAACCAGAUCCUGAUGGGCCUCUGGACCUCACUGUCAGCAGAGCUUCUCCAGCCCUUCAAGUUGAUGGAGUACUUGACCUCUCUAAGAAAAACACACCUUCUGAGAAUGAAACGACACUACAGAUAAGUUCAGGGAGACCAAUCAGUGAGGACUAUUUGGAUCGCAGCUCUGAGUUUGCAGAGGGCUUACUCUCGAAAGCCUUGAAAGAUAUUCGGUCUGGAUCACUGGACAUAAACAAAGCAGCCAUACUUUACGGGAUACCUCAGAAAACCUUACAGCUUCAGACAGAGGCCUUAUUACCAGAGAGGAGGGCAGGAGAACCACGUGAGAACGGCAGGAGCACAGAGGCAGUGUGGCCCACCAGUGACACACGACUUGUCCUACAGAAGGUAGCAGCAUGGGCUCGCUCGCAGUCUGAGCAAUCUGAAGUAAGAAAAUUAAAAUUUACAUCACCAGAGCACACAGAGCUGAAGUUCCCGGCAGCCGUGACUGCCUCGUCAUACCUUCACCACUUAACCUUGCAGAGGAUGGUCUCACAGCUACGGGAACAGAGCGACGGGUCACUUGUCACUGCAGAGCCAGCCACAUCUCCUCACAGUCCUGCUUCAGGGCCGGUUGCACACAUUCGAAUCCCUCAGGUACGCUUCAGUGCUCAACCCAAAGCCCAGCUGGAUCUAGUUGGCCUAGUGGAUGCUGUGUACCAGACCAACAAAGCCUCUGAAGGCCCCACUGCUUUCCACAAGUUGAAGACUAUUCUCCCUAAACAGGGCUUGGUUGAAAGCCACUCAGGCCUUGAGUCACGUCUGCUGCAGGGUGAUUUGCCUCCACUGUGUCUGAACAUAAAAAAUGGGAGUGUUGGCGGGAGCGUGACCGGAAGUCUGGUUGACUGUGGAGAUGAUGAUCGUCGAGACAAGCAGCCAAGGAAAAAGAGGGGGCGCUAUCGCCAAUAUGACCAUGAUAUCCUAGAAGAGGCAAUAGCCAUGGUGAUUGGUGGAAAGAUGAGUGUGUCGAAAGCUCAGGGCGUCUAUGGGGUUCCACACAGCACCCUUGAGUACAAGGUCAAAGAGCGAACCGGCAUGCUCAAGACCCCACCAAAAAAGAAGCUCCGCCUUUCUGAAGCUGCAGCUUCAGGCUCCGGAAAGUCAGGGACAACAACCAAUGCCUCAUCUACUGCCUACAAACAGUCUUAACUCAAACCAAAACUUCAGCUAUUUUCUAGAGAUGGUUUUAACGAAAACAUCGCCUAUACUACAGCCAACAGAAGUUAUCUCUUUUUUUUUUUUUCUAACUUGCAGUCAGGACCUCAUUUAGACUUGAAAGAUACACUUGAAUCCUCAACCACAGAUUAAAUGGUACCUUUUUUCAAGUCACAAAACAUGCCUUUAAAAAUCUAUUCAGGGGUUAUUCACUGUGGAUAUCUAUAUGAAUAUAUAUAUUUAAAAUAUUGUGAAGCACUGUUGAUUUUUAAGUUAAUUACAGUUUAAAACUAAGAAAUAUUCAGGUUUUGUUCAUACAUAAGCUAAACUCAGCUUAAUGAUUGUUGUAUGCAGCUUUCACAGUGAUUAGUCUGUGUAGUGACUGAUCAUUUCAUUUCAAGUCUAGCUACAGUAUUUUAUGGUGUCUGUGUGGCGACCUGGUGACAGCAUGACUGUAAUUAGUUUAAAUCCCCAGUGGGAAAUGCUCAUCCUUUAUGCAGCGAGUAGAUAUAGGUACAAGUUUCCACUCCAGCAAAGGAACAACACUGUAAAUAUGUUUUUAAGGACUAUUAAUGCUUAUGACUAUUUUUGUUGUUGUUGUAUAACAAGGUUAAUAAUAUCAGUUUCAUAAAGUAUUAAUGAAAUCAGGACUGUUGCCAGAUCCUUGGAGUGAAAGCUUGGACCAGCUCAGGCUUUUUGUGGAUGAUACUUGCCACAUUUUCACCGAUUGGGAAUUUUUAAUUUAUUUUUGUUCAUAUAUGCCUAAUUCUGUACACACUGUUUUGUUUUUGUCUGGCCCCUUUUAAAUUUUAGCUCUGCUAAUCUCAACAGAUCAUAUGGGCUAACUUGGAAAUGCAGUGUAAUGCAUGUCGUAAUAAUGCACAGGGGAAAUGCUCGACAGCAGUCUCAGUAAAUGUUUGUUUUACACUCAGUACUAUAUUAAUAUUUAUUUUGUAUUAUUGUUAAUAUUAUCUGAACUACUGAAAAAUCUCCAUAUUUUUUUUGCUGAUUUAGAACUACUGUGUACAGUUUUGUUGUUCCUCACACUAAAGACAUCCUUGCAUUAUCUUUCCACUGUAACUGAACAGUUGAGGGUCAUUUUGCCACUCCAUUGACACACUCCAUGAGCAAAGCAGUUCAGAGUAGGGUGCAGCUGAUUUGGAUCAGAAUGUUUCUUGUCCAUAUUCCAUGAUGCACUUAUCAUGGGGCAGAUAUUAAGCCUGAUUCAAGUGCUGCUCUGAACUGCUUCGUUUUGUUUAGGUUUCUGUGGUUUUGCUGCUCUUGCUUUGUUGUUGUUGUUGUUGUUGUUGUUCUUUUGUCAAUGAAUACUAAUUACUAUAGCUUUUAAUGACCUGUUUUAUUUUAUGACACUUGUAAUUCAACUGUCCUUUAUAGCAUGUACCCGUUUCUAUUUCUCAGUUUAGAAGCUUGCAAGAUUCAGUUGCACUUUACAAAAUAUGCACAUAUAUUUGUGAUACAGGUGAUGAAGGAUAUAGCCAUUUUCUUCCUUGACUGACAUCUCUCUUUAGAAUAGUUCUGUUAUCUCAUUCACAAGUAUAAUUGUAAUGCUUUGCAAAGUGUAGCUGAAGCAAUAUGUGAAUUUUGUGAUUUACAGCUUUGGAAACGUAAACAUUUCCAUAUGCAAUUUUAAUGUUGAUUUGUGUUGUGAAUGUUCUUUAAUGGCUUACCUCUUGUUGUUUCUCAAAGGUGAAAUUUCUCUCCACACUAAAACAAACAGAUUUACUUAUUUAUUCCUAAAUUUAACUGCUUAGAAGCAUUUAUCAAAUCACCCUGAAUGUUGCUUAUAGCUCUUAAAAUUAACAACACAGUGCCUGCUCUUAUAGCUACUGCUCAGUCGUUCUGCAGGCCAGUAGCAAUUUUACAAAUGAAAUCUUCUGGAAGAAAAAAAAUCAGGUAUUUAUGUACUACUUGUGUGGAUCUUGUAUAAAAUCUGUAUAAUUUUAAUUUGAUUUCCAAUGCAACUUCUCUUUUUUUCAGUUUUUAUCUCGGGGAUAGCUGUCACAGGCACAGUUUCACUUUUAAUUUAAACGGUGGUCAUGUAAGCAUUAAUACCAUGCACAUUUCUUUUUAAAUCAUAUACAUGGUCAGUGCUGCACUCUUGUACUUAUAUUACAUGGGAUACUCAUAGGCUCACUUUGGAGAAUGUUAUUCGCUUUUAUUUCAAUGCUCUUCUAGCAUCAUAAUAUUAGUGUCCUAUGUAAUUUCAGUCCAAAAAACUUUUUACAUGUAAAAACAUAGUAUUCUCAGGUUAAUAGCAGUCUUAUAAAUACAAAUAGCAUGAUUUGAACUUUUUUAUAUCAAAAUAAGGCCCUUAGAAUUUAGUUAGAGAGCCAAAUAUGGUUGAUUCAAAGCAAACAUGUUUUCUUUCAUAUUUUGAGACCAGCAUGUGUUCAGGGCUGGUCUGGUUCACAAGAAAAACAUAACAUUUUACAGUUUGGCUUGAUUUAUAUAUGGAUCAUUAAGAUGGAUAAAUAUCACCAGUUUAGGCCUUUCUAAGUAUGUAUAAUUUCAUUGUCAUGACGGAUGCAGGAUAUGAAUCAUUUUGCAAUCAGUUAUUUAUGCAUAUAUUCGUUGCACUAAGGUUGAUUUAUUUUUUAUGUACUAUUCCCUUGUUCUGUAAUGUAGUUGUAUUUCUGUUAUUUCUUUAAUGUAAUCAGAAAAUGAAGUUUAAAUGUUGUGUUGGUUUUGUGUUUAAGCACUUUGUUGCUCUUGCACAUUGAUAUGUGAAAUGCUUUACUGCACUUGCAUGCAUAAGUGAGUUCCUUGUCUUGUAAUGUUCCUUCACAUGUAAUUAAUUUACCCCAGGCAAGUUAAUAUGUUAUUCUUUAUGACUUUUUAAUCAACUUAAAAUGCAAGAAAACAACUAAAGAAAGCUAAUCAGUCCCUUUUUUCAAACAUUUAUUUGUGUCUGAAAUAUUUAUAUUUGGUGUGGUCUUUUUUUUAUUUUUUACAUUUAAGGAAUAGGGUAAUGUUAAAAGAAAGAAUUAAAUUAAUUGUAAUAAGAUGGAAUACUGAAGGCAUAUUAAUCCAGUGUGUUUUUAGCUAUGUGGUAUUUAAAAAUAUGGAACUUGGGAGACUUUGGGAAUUUCUUUUAAUUUUAAGUCAGCAUAUUGCCUGGAAAUAUUUGUGAUUGGUUUUUGUCAAGACAUGUUGAUUAAUCAGGAAACAAAAUUAUUCAGGUUUGAUUAAAAUAAUAAUUCUGUACCUUUAGUUUUCCUGAGUGUAAGCGUUACUACAAUCGCCAUCCUUUGCCUUCAAGUUACCAAUAAAAAAUAGUUCCAUGUA